AUGGGGCUCGCCAACCUCAUCGCAGAUGCCAUGAUUAUUGUAUUGCCAAUGCCAUAUCUCUACAACUUGCGACUGGCUUGGCGCAAGAAGUUAGCCGCAAUGGCCCUACUUAGCAUUGGCAUAGGAACUUGGACUAUCACUAUAUGCCGACAAGCACUGCUGCCCGGCCUAGACUUUACGGACAUGACGUACAGCGGUGUGCUUGUCAUAAUGCUCUCUGGCCUCGAGCCGGCUGUCGCGAUCGCUCUGCCGUGCAUUCCCCUUACGCGACCCUUAUUCGACAGAUCAACCAAGACCACUCGUUCCAGCUACGCUAGCAAGCGGACUAGUUUUUUCUCGAGGAAGGGAGGCAGAACACAGGAUUUCGACCCGACUGCCACGUUCUCAGAAUUGGUGGGCAACCAACAUACUUCUUCGCCACUUGAGCUGCAGUCUAUCAAGCCUUCACAGAUUGUUCGCAUCUCGUCUGUUUACGAGCACCAUAAACAGCAGAUACCAGCGAGUCCAAACCACGCUAUCACAGUUGACACGAAGUGGGAAGUAAGAAGAGACUGA